UAAUUACAAUAUAGUAUACUAUUGACAAAUUAAGUACGAAUACAUUUAUUAAAUUCUCUUUGCCAGACCACAAUACAUUGGCGAGUGUAAAUGUGCUUAUUAGCUUACCAGUUGUUUAAUUUUUCAACAGUCUUAUUGAGCACCGUCGUCAUUGCAGUGAGAGCUUGGGUCAACAAUACCCUUGUAGCCUUCUCGUUUUGCUCCGCGGCCUGUUUUUGCUCAUAUCUUCUUUCCCGCGCCAUUUGCAAAAUUCCUCAUUUCGCUCUACAAUCUGUUGCUGUAGAGCAAUGGCUUGCUCCUCCCGUCUGUCCUGUGCCUUUUUUUCAGCAAAGCUCCAAGCACUUUUGGUGCUGUUGAUCUGGCGGCUUCAGUGAGUUAACGACUGUUUGUGGAAACAUCAUAUGGGUUUAUGAAAAAUCACACAGAAAAUCGCGAGGGCGCGAUUCAAUUAUUAGAGAUUCGGAAUCAAUCAGUUAUUCAGUUACAGUUACUCUAAAGACUGUACCGAAAAGAAACUGCACACUUUAUAUUGCAUAUUUCUCAUGAAGUAGUCAUUUGACCAAAUUACGGUAACUUACCGCCGGUAAGUAUCCUUAUACCCGAGACAGACAUGUAGUAACAAUACCAUAGUAAAGGUAUCAUGGUAUUCUGUUAAUUACGUUGGUGACACACACGGCAAUGUAGUAAACUGAAAUACUCGGCCCUGUCGUAGAAUCCGAUUUUCUCGGUAUCGCAUUUCAAUCCGACAGUUUUUUUCGAAAGGUGUCGCACAAUCCGAUCUUAUCGAUUUUCAUGUUCGAAACGCAUUUUUAUAGGUUUAAGGUGUCGCGAAUUCCGGGUUUGUAGGUUUUCUUAUCGGAAACAAAACGGUCAGACGAUCGCUAACGUUUUUAUUUUAUGUGCCAUAUUUACACGCUGUAGCUACCAUUUCUUAUAAAAUGUAAGUACAUACAUAUAUUUUGUCCAAAGUGUAAAAUGUAAUUCACAUUUGAAUAUUAACAUACCAUUGAUACUAUUUCAACAUUUCCAGGGGAAAACAUAAAAAUAGAGGACAAAAUGAUGUACUGUUGCAGUUUAUGGAGAAGUAUCCCGACAUCGCCAGAGGGUUUACCAAACGAGAAAAGGCGCUUGUGGACUCCCUUUGGCAACAAUUAGCAGAGUCGCUUAACAGCGCAGGCCCGCCAAUAAAGGAUGUGAACGGUUGGAAGAAGAUAUGGACGGACUGGAAAAGCGAAGUGAAAAAGAAGUUGGCGCAGAAUAAAAUCGAAGCCCGAGCCACUGGUGGAGGACCAUUUUCUAAGUAUACAUUGAACCAAACGGAGGAAACCAUUGUACGCAUUUGUGGAAUGGCUCAGAGUGUUGGAGGGAUUUCGGGACUAUCAUUUGGUCUCGAGGAAGAAUAUUUAAUUUCAAGCGAUGACGAUAUCCCUUCAACUUCUGCGAAACGUCCUCGUCUUGACACCUCUAUCGCUCAAAAACCUACGCCAAAAGAAACAACAAAUGAGCGGCUAAAAAAGUUUAUUGAGUACGACAAAGAAUGGAAGCAGGAUAUAUCUAACAAAAUGGAUGCUAUCCUCGAAUUUCAAAAAAUUGGGAGGGAGACAGACAAGGCUUUAGUUAGCGCGGUUAAUAACCUAACACAGGAAUUCAAAAAAUUCAGCAAAAAAAUGCUUGAAGUAUUACGCAAACAUGAGGAGGAGGAGUAUGAUCCCUUGGAAGAGUAUGGCUGA